AUGAUCUUGUUAUUGCAAAAUCUGGGCUCUGCAAUGGCAGUUGUCAUUGAUGCCAUGAUUGCAGAAGCAGCAAGGUCUGAAAAAAUUGCCAUAAAAACAUCAUGUUUCAAAGAAGAAGAUGGUAGAUAUGAAAAUAUAUAUUGUGCACAGGUGGCGAUCCUUCUGGAUACUACUCGUAACAUAUCAUCCAGUGAUACGCUUUCUGGGAAUAUGUGGGCAAACUUGUCUUCAUGGAUGCCAAGGAGAGAGGUGGCUCCUCAGGGAGGGAUAAAUACAGAUGCCACAGCAGUAGUAAGUGUUGUAUCGGAUGAAGAGAUCCAAAAGCUUGUGGCAAUUGGUUUUGAUAAGGUUAUAUUUUCUAGGUUAUAUUUUCUAAACCUGUUAUUAUAUGAUGAUAGUGGUGAAGGGAAGGAAAGGAGGCUUGAAGAUGAAUUUGAACCCACCAUUCUUUCCAAUAAAUACAAAACUGAAAAAGGUGAGUACAUUCGGGAGAUAGAUAUUCCAGAAAGAAUCCAGAUAUCUAAGGAAAGCACUGGUCCUCCACCAGCAGAUGAAAUGAGUAUAGAAGAAGGAACCGAUCAACAAUCGUAG